UAAAUAGUGUUUAUGGUUUGCAAUCUAGAUAAAUGUUUAUGGUUUGCUAACAAAGUUAAUAAAGCUCUUGCAUUGUAAUAAUUACAACAACUAGACAAAGUUCAAAUCUUAAAGGCCUGAUGUGUGAAGGAAACCUACCUUUAUCAAACACACACCUGAGCAGGUGAGGUGUCUAAGGUCAAGGUCGGACCUAAGAUGGAGUUUGUAGCUGGUCAGAGCUCGCAUGAGAAUAACACGGCGGUGCUGGCGGAAGUGGAGAGGAUCACGAGCAUCACAAACGAUAUCGUGUUGCUGUCGUACUCGAUGAUGUUGACUGUUGGUGUCCCAGGCAACAUCCUGACCGUGAUCGUCCUCUCCAAGAAAAAGAUGCGAGACACGGUCUUCUCCGUCUACCUCAUCAGCAUGUGCGGCCUCAACAUCAUCCUGCUGGUCACCAUGUUCUCUUUCACCGUCACCCGCAUCGUGCACCCUAACCUGCUGACACAGCAUCAAAAGCUCUGUGUUGUGAUGAAGUUCUUCUACGUCUACUUCAUGAUGCUGUCUAGCUGGUAUGUCGUCAUCAUCACCGCCUGUAGAUUUUUCUACCUGGUCCAGAGAACGAAGCAACUAACGACAUGCAACCCUCUCGUGGUCCUCAUCAUAACAACCCUCGCACUCGCUGCUGUAACUAUUCCGUUAAUAGUGGAUGGUAUAGUGUUCAUCUCGCAUUCAGGGGAGGAAGUGGAGUGUUACCUACAACAUACGACCUACCAUGUCAAAGUUUUAGCAGGCCUUCAGCUUUUAAUACCUGCCCUGCUGUUGUUUUUUCUCAAUGGGGGGCUACUCUACCUGCAUUUUAGGACUCAUUCGGGGCUAAUGAGCACGGAGCAGUCCUCUAAAAUUAGACAACAGCUCGUCGUGUUGGUGGUUUUGUCCAACAUCCAGUUCUUGGUGACGUCAACGCCCAUCUUGGUCCUCUACACCAACAUGACCAAAUGGUUCGACAUCGACAGCGCUUUAGGAGAAGCUCGCUCGAAAUUCUGGUUGAACAUCACGUUGGUGAUCCUCUAUAGUAACAACGCCACGAAUUUCUUCAUCUAUUGUUUCUUUGGCAAGAGAUUCAGGGCUGAGCUAGUGCGGACGGUCAGGAGGUGGUUUGGGCUGUUCAUUGAUUUGGAUAGUUAUGAUAGUGAAAUGGAAACACGGUUGGGAAAAGAAUCCGGCAAGGCGCAAGAAAACGUGACAUCGGUCCCUCCAGUCAGUGUCGCCGAGGACACCAAGUCCCAGACCGUGACGGAGAAGAACACGUUGUUCACGACGGAGAUGAAGUCUGAGAUGACGUUGAUGAAGAGACCCAGUAGACAGAGCGCCGUAGAUCCAGAGAGCCGGUUCUAUGCUGAGAGUUUUGUCUCGUCUUCAGAAGCCAUCGACUGAUGUGAAACUCUGGGGAGGAGGUGUGAUUGGAGUACGGUGACGAAUGCAGUUGUUGAUAGACGAA